AUGAGUUACAUUAAUAGAAAAAUAAAACAAUUAGUAUCCAAAUUUAAUAAAUUAAAUAUUGACCAUAAAAAUUGUUAUAACCCAAGUGAUGACAAACCAUGGUGUAAAAAAUGUGUUCCUCGUUGCAUAAUUGAAGGAUGGACCAGUGAAAAUCACGAUAUUGAUGAAUUUAUCAAAGAUACGAUUUAUAAUGCAAAAUAUUCAUUUUUUGAUAGUGGUAAAAAAUAUCCGUUAUUUCUUGAAUGGGUACCGUUUAAUAGAUUUGAAGAUAUAAAACAAAUUGGGGAAGGUGGAUUUGCUAAAGUAUAUUCUGCAACAUGGGUUGAUUGUGAAACGAAAUAUGAAAGACAAGAUGAUAGAAUUUGGAAAAAAAAAGAAUCCAGCCCAAUGAAAGUUGCCUUGAAAAAGUUAAAUGAUUCACAGAAUAUAUCAGUUGAAGAUUUAAAUGAGCUUCAAAUACAUUGGGAUUAUUUUAAGAAAAAUAAUGAAUCAUUUUUAAAAUUUUAUGGAAUGACAAAAGAUCCGGUAACUAAAGAAUUUAUGAUGAUUAUUGAAUUUUCAGAAAGGGGGAAUUUAAGAAGUGUACUUUCAAAAGACUUUAACAAUAUUUUAUGGAAAGAAAAACUUAUGUUUUUGGAUAAAUUAUCAUUUGAGCUAAAUGGUUUUCACAAAUUAGGAUAUUGUCAUAAGGAUUUACAUAGUGGUAAUGUAUUACAAAUUUAUCUUAAUGGAUAUAGGUCCAAUGUUUCUUGUAUUUCAGAUUUUGGAUUAUCAGGACCAUUGAAUAAACAAAAAUCAGAUGGUAAAAUAUGUGGUGUGUUGCCAUAUGUUGCCCCAGAAGUAUUAAAUAAAGAGCCAUAUACAUCAUCAUCUGAUAUUUAUAGUUUUGGUAUAAUUAUGGCUGAACUAUCAUCUGGAAAGCCACCCUUUCAUAAAAGAAAACAUGAUGCUAUCUUAGCAUUAGAAAUAUGUAAUGGUCUCAGACCAGAAUUUGGAAAAGGAACUCCUGAAAUUUAUAAAAAAUUAGCUUAUAGAUGUAUGAAUGCUAUUCCAAAUCAAAGACCAACAGCAGAUGAAUUACGUGAUAUAUUGAAUGUUUGGCGUUGGGUUUGUGAUUGUGAAGAUUAUGGAUCCUAUUGGAAAGAAAAAUAUGAUUUUAAAGGAAAAGAAAUUAAAACCAUAUUUGAAGAAGCUGAUAAAGAGAUACCAAAUAUUUCAACUACAUAUGAAAAGAAUCCUGAUGCCAUUUAUACUAGUAGAUUAUUCACAUUUAACAAUUUGUCUAAACCCAUUAAUUCAUCCAUCAUUACUUCAUAUUUAAAUGAGGAAGAUAAUAAAGAUUGCCAGGAUUCACAAUUACUUGAUUUAGAGGUUUCUAGCUCAUUUCAAUCAAGAGUGAUAUGGGCCGGUGUAAAAAGAUUGGUACCUCACCCGAAAAGGAAAGGAUUUUACACCAAGAAAAAUACCGUAUGA